AUGACCCAGGAAACGCCAUGGUGGAAAAACGCCACCAUUUAUCAGAUCUACCCCGCUAGCUACAAAGAUUCAAACGGUGAUGGGAUUGGAGAUUUACAAGGAAUACUCGGCCAAUUAGAUUAUAUCAAGUCACUCGGCGUUGAUGCGAUAUGGAUUUGCCCUCAUUAUGAUUCCCCGCAACAUGAUAUGGGCUAUGACGUCGCGAACUAUGAAGCUGUAUACGCACCCUAUGGCACCGUGAAAGACGUUGAAGCCAUAAUCGCAGCGAGCCACGAACGCGGAUUACGAGUCCUCCUUGAUCUAGUCAUCAACCACACAUCAGAUCAGCAUGCCUGGUUUAAAGAAUCACGUCUUUCCAAAACAAGCCCUAAACGCGACUGGUAUAUAUGGCGCCCAGCUAAAUAUGACGCAGAUGGUGCUCGCCGACCACCAAACAACUGGCGCGGUUUUUUUGGCGGCAGUGCCUGGGAAUGGGAUGAAACUACACAGGAAUAUUAUCUCCACCUAUUCGCUGUACAGCAACCAGAUGUGAACUGGGAAAACCCAGAGACAAGAGCAGCAGUUUACGAGUCUGCAAUGGAGUUCUGGUUGCGCAAAGGCAUCGAUGGAUUCCGUGUCGAUACAGUGAAUAUGUAUAGCAAGGAUCAAUCUUUUCGAGAUGCGCCCGUUAUCGACCCCAAGAAUAAAUUCCAACUAGACCCUUCGCUGUUUUGCAAUGGGCCUCGAAUUCAUGAAUUCUUACAUGAAAUGGGCCAGAUACUACUUAAGUAUGGUGCGUGUACGGUCGGAGAACUACCAGCUACACCAGAAAUUGUCGAUGUGUUGAAAUACGUGUCCGCAAAAGAGCAGCAGCUGAGCAUGGUCUUUCAAUUCGAUAUAGUCGACAGUGGAAAGGGAAAGGACCUUCAGUAUCAGACUACUCCACGAAAUUGGACAUUGUCUGAUUUUCGUGAGCGUGUAAGACGGACACAAGGACUGAGCGACGGCUCAACCGACGGCUGGAGCACAAGUUUUCUAGAAAAUCAUGAUCAAGCCCGAUCAAUUUCACGAUGGGGAAGCGAGAAAACUAUAGAAUUGUGGUCUCUUAGCGCGAAAAUGCUUGCAAUGCUUGUUGGUACUCUUUCAGGAACGCUAUAUGUCUACCAAGGGCAGGAGAUUGGUAUGGUCAACGCCCCAGAAGAUUGGCCAAUAUCCGAAUAUAAAGACCUUGAUAGUUUGAACUACUAUAACUACGUGAAGGAGCAGACAGGGAAUGAUCCAAUUGCAAUGAAGACAACAAAGAUUGCUUUAGCACAUCUUGCUCGUGAUCAUGCACGACUUCCAAUGCAAUGGGACGAUACUCCGAAUGCCGGAUUUUCGACGGAGGGCGCGAAGACCUGGAUGCGAGUACAUGACAACUACAAGACAUUGAAUGUUAAGCGACAGACAGAUGAUCCAACCUCAGUGUUAUCCUUCUGGCGGGAGUUGCUACGUAUUCGCCAUGCGCACCCUAAGCUUUUCGCUCAGGGUUUGUUCAGGGACACGGACCCAUCUCAUGAGUCUGUCUUUUUGUUCGAAAAGAUCUCCGGCGAGCAGAAGCUGGUUGUGGCAUUGAAUUUUACUGGGGGAGACAGUUGA